AUCCAGCAACUAUCACUCGAAUACUGCUUAGCCAUUUCAACUGGGAUAAGGAGAAGCUGAUGGAGAGGUACUUCGAUGGCAACUUGGAGAAGCUCUUUGCAGAGUGUCAUGUAAUUAAUCCAAGUAAAAAGUCUCGAACGCGCCAGAUGAACACAAGGUCAUCAGCCCAGGAUAUGCCUUGUCAGAUCUGCUAUCUCAACUACUCAAACUCGUACUUUACUGGCCUAGAGUGUGGACACAAGUUCUGUAUGCAGUGCUGGAGCGAAUAUUUAACUACCAAAAUAAUGGAGGAAGGCAUGGGACAGACCAUUUCAUGCCCUGCUCAUGGCUGUGAUAUCUUAGUCGAUGACAAUACAGUUAUGCGUUUGAUCACAGAUUCCAAGGUUAAAUUAAAGUACCAGCAUUUAAUAACCAAUAGUUUUGUAGAGUGUAAUCGACUGUUAAAAUGGUGUCCUGCCCCAGAUUGCCACCACGUUGUUAAAGUCCAAUAUCCUGAUGCUAAACCCGUUCGCUGCAAGUGUGGACGUCAGUUUUGCUUUAACUGCGGUGAAAACUGGCAUGAUCCUGUUAAAUGCAAGUGGUUAAAGAAAUGGAUUAAGAAGUGUGAUGAUGACAGUGAAACUUCUAAUUGGAUUGCAGCAAACACAAAGCAGCGGCUGCUGCGUUCUGGGACCGGCUGUGUGUUUUUCAUUGACCUGGAAUGUUGCGUUAUGGUGAAAGCAGAAACACCCAUCGUGCUGAAGUGCACAGUUAAAAGUCGGGCUGAAAUUGUGCGGUUUCGGCUGCUUCUCUCUGUUUCGUUCUGCGCUUUCCCCGCUAACGGUCACGUCACCAUCGAGAAGGACGGGGGCUGCAACCACAUGGUCUGUCGGAACCAGAACUGCAAAGCGGAGUUCUGCUGGGUGUGUCUGGGCCCCUGGGAGCCCCACGGAUCUGCCUGGUACAACUGUAAUCGCUACAAUGAGGAUGAUGCAAAGGCAGCAAGGGAUGCACAGGAGCGAUCCAGAGCAGCCCUGCAGAGGUACCUGUUCUACUGCAACCGCUAUAUGAACCACAUGCAGAGCCUGCGCUUUGAGCACAAGCUCUAUGCUCAGGUGAAGCAGAAAAUGGAGGAGAUGCAGCAGCACAACAUGUCGUGGAUCGAGGUGCAGUUCCUGAAGAAAGCAGUCGACGUCCUCUGCCAGUGUCGUGCCACACUCAUGUACACUUACGUCUUUGCCUUCUACCUCAAAAAGAAUAAUCAGUCCAUUAUCUUUGAGAAUAACCAAGCAGACUUAGAGAAUGCUACGGAGGUGCUUUCCGGGUACCUUGAGCGAGAUAUAUCCCAAGAUUCGCUGCAAGACAUAAAGCAGAAAGUACAGGAUAAGUACAGAUACUGCGAGAGUCGACGAAGGGUUUUGUUGCAGCACGUGCAUGAAGGCUACGAGAAGGACCUGUGGGAGUACAUUGAGGACUGAGACUGGCCCCGCAUAAAACGAACUCUGAAACCUUUACCAUCUAGAGUGCUCAUGCGAUUCAAAUAAAACACACACAAGGCGCUACGCCUGUUACACCGCUGGUCUGUAGUACUGGGAUUCUGUUUUGUUAACAGAAAAUUUAAGUAAAUUAUAUUGUAAUAAAAAAAAAGGUAGAUAAACCAUUGUACAACAGUAUUCUAGGCGGCCAAUAAGAGUGUGCAGACGCACUAAAAAAAAAAACAAACCCUCCAACUUUAACUUGUAACGUAGCUUCAUUCUCCAAGCCGACUCCUUUUUCUUUUCUAUCUUUCUUUUCCUGUGUGUAGUACAGAUAAAAAUUUAAACCAGUUUCUUGACACUGCUUUUCAUGUCCAAACCAGCCAUUUUGAUGUACUUUGGUAAGGGAGGGGUGGGGGGGGCCCUCCCGCCCCCCCCCCCUCCUCCUCUCUGCCACCCAAGUAUACGGAUGAAUGUCGAUUGGCUCGUUGUAAAGAUGAUUUUUGGGGGAGGGGAGGAGGGGGGGGGUACACAGCAAGGAAGGAGGAAAAAAAAAAACCAACAAAAAACCUUUGUAUAUGACUUUUAAAACAAAAAGAGGACAACACAGUAUUUUUCAAAGUUGUAUAUAGCGCAUAUGCAUGGACAAAGAGCAAGCGUGGCACGUGUUUGCAUAAUGUUUAAUUACAAAAAAAUAUUUAUUCUUUAAAAAUCUUCAAGAUUA